UCGGAAUUGUGGGCAUCGUCAUUCACCAAGAGUAUGGCGGCAACUCGUGUUGUCGUGCCUGCAUGGAACUGCGUGGCCCCAGUCCUUCGCCGCCUCGACGAUGCCGAACUCCUCAAACUUCAGCGUCCGGCUCCAUUGAAUGCAGACCCCGUGACGGAGUGGAUCUCAUUCUCCAAGGACAUUGUGCCAGUGCAUUCGUCAGAGGUAGUCCCAGACACAUCUCAAACCCUUUGUUUGCACACCGCCGCGCCUCCACUUGGCCGCAUGGUCACGUCGACGGUAGAGGUGGGCGUUGGAGAGCUGGUGUUUGCCACCCCUGCGUUUGCAGUUGCGCUAAGCCGUCAAUUCGUCGCGACGCACUGCCACAUGUGCUUUCACAAACUUCGCGGCAAGAUUGUGCAAUGCGCCGACUGCCACUUCGCGCGGUACUGCGACCGCGGGUGCAUGGCGGCGCACUUGGAUCUGCACACGAUCCAAUGCCACAUUCUUCUUCCGCAACUAUAUCCGCCACGCAGUACCCACGACCAAACGAACGACGACGCCGCGGACCUCCACACGAGGCUGGUGCUGGCCGUCGUCGCCAUGGAAAUCACCAUGAACAACCCAAAUGAAAUCCAAGACUUAUGCACUUAUAACGCCACUGCCCAAGAUGCAGCGUUCCUGGCCACUGGAACGACAUUGCAUGCUGCUAUGAAGAACACUCCGGCGUGGAUAACGCCAUCGCAUAUCGCGGACGUGUAUCGCGCUAUUCGGUACAACUCGCAUCCGAUUGUGGUGGACUUGCACAUGUCUGCCCUUGGACUCGGCUUGUUCCCAGACGCAGCCAAGAUGAUCAACCAUUCGUGUGCCCCCAACACGUUUCCACGCUUUAACGCGGCUAACCACGCGUUAGAGUUCCGCGCCGUGUCGCCGCUGCUUCCUGGCUCGGUAGUCACGUACUCGUACUUGGACGUGUUUGGCUUUGCAUUAUUGCAACCUACACCCACCCGGCAGAGUCUCCUCUACUCGGCAUUCCAGUUUGACUGUCGAUGCAGUCGAUGUAUUAGUAGUUUUAGUACCUCGCAUGAACAAAGUGAUGCGUGGAAUGUCGAUGCAAAUCUAGCCCAACUCGAUUCCGCCCAAAACAACCAAGACUGGGUUGCUGUCACCGACGUCUGCGACCAGAUCAUGACCCACUGGACCUCCACCCUCGACCUCCCUGCAAACUACCCGCUCAUGUACGUCCUGCAAAAGAAGAUGGACUUGGCUGCUACCCACGGGCCGGCCUCGCGUCAACGUGGAAACGUGUCGGCAGACGAAAUAUUGAAUGUGUGUGGAUUUGGGAACAACCCUCGUUGAAUGAAGAAGCAUAUAACGUUGUCAGGUCGAUAUAUCGCAAGC